AAUUAGUGGUCAAAAUCGUCGGCAAUUAUUUUUCUGUUAAUCCACUAAUUGAUUAAUCGUCAAAUUGCAGCUCUAUUUAUAUUUUUUUAGUAUUUUUGUUGUAUGUACCCUUGAAUUUCCAUCUAAUAUGAGUUAAUAUUCAUCACUCUCCUCUCUGUGAUAAUGUUGCCUGUCACAUUUACAACACUUUGCUCUUUUUCUGUCUGUGUUUGGGGGUUUGUGUACAGCAGUGCAGUAAAUCCAUGUCUUUUCAAAGGGCACUAGAGGGCAACUUUGAGAGUGGGCAAAGGUUGGUGGGGGAGGAGCGCUCCAGGUGAGGUCUCCUAGAUGUUUUUUCCUUCUCUCCCUGCUGAGACGGAAACUCCACAGCUGGUCAUAUUACAACUAAUUUCAGCCGAAGGAGCUCAGGUUUCUUUUUAACAGAGAGCCACCAUCCUCACAGAGCUGAUCCGAGGGGAAGUAACUGGAGUUGGAUGACUGUAGGAUCUGUGAUUGUUUUGUUUUUGGUGUUUGCCAUAUGGAAUAUAAAGAGCUGGCUGUUCAUUGAGCACCGGGGCCACAGGUGUUUUGUUUGAGCGUAGAAAUCCCAGUGGGAAAUGGAAGUGAGGUUCAAAGACCAAGCGAAACCAGGAAUGGAGGAGCUAACAAUAUGGGAGCAACAUACAAUAACACUAAUCAAAGAUCCCAAAGUGGGGUUCGGCUUUGCCAUUUCAGGAGGCAAGGAGAAGCCUCACCCAGACAGUGGGGACACGGCUGUGGUGGUGUCAGAUGUGCUGCCAAAUGGACCAGCCAUAGGACGACUAUUCAACAAAGACCAAAUUGUCAUGGUCAAUGGAGUGUCUAUGGAGAACGUCCACUCUAACUACACCAUUCAGACCCUCAAGUCAUGUGGCAAGACUGCAAACGUAACAGUAAAACGCCCUCGCAAGAUCCAGAUCCCAGCGACCACCAGACCGUCUCGGGCCGCCUCCCAUUCAAACCUGCUGGACCCGGAUCCUCCCAGACGAAUGCGACGAUACUCUGACGGCAGUGACAACCGAGACCGCUAUCGUUACCGCGGCCGCAGCGCCUCGCCCGAGCGCAACGGACAUGGGAACACACUACCGUUAAUGUCGUCGGGGUACAAGAGGCUACCACAUCAGGACGUUGUAGAGAAACCCAUCAAAACUACGCUACGUAAAAAGAGAAUCACAGAUGAGUACGGGUUGAAGCUAGGCAGUCAGAUUUUCAUCAAGCACAUGACGGAUACGGGCUUGGCUGCCAAGGAAGGAACGCUGCAGGAGGGAGACCUCAUCCUCAAGAUCAACGGCAUGACGACGGAGAAUCUCUCCCUGCUGGAGACGAAGCACCUGGUGGAGAAGAGCCGGGGCAAACUGACUAUGACUGUCCUCAGGGACGACCGCAAGUUCCUGGUGAGCAUCCCAGAGGUGGAGGACAGCGCCCCCAACAGCGAGGAUGACCGCCGCCGAGACAGCAGCUCUGAACUGGAAGAUAUUUCAGAUCUUGAUGAAGACGUCCCGACUCACAGAACGUCCCGUCAACCCACCAGAGAGAAACGGACACGCAGGACAAGAGCUGAACCUCCUCCAGCCAAGUCUCGGGAUUCAUCACCUUUGCGCUCCACUUUGACUCGGCCUCCUGUAAAAACCUACCCCUCUCGCAGAGCUCGAUCUGAUUCAGAGUCGGAGCGCAGUGCCUCUCCUCCUCCUCCUCCUGUGAGGAGAGACAGCCCAGACAUGAGGGAUCACUCCAGCAAAUACAAAGCUCUGCCUGGUUUGUCCACCCUCCCCAACCCGCGCUCCUCUCCUAUACACCCCAACUGGACCGCCUCUCGCGCCUCCUCCUCUGCCUCACGGCCUCGCAGGCCGGUGUCUGACUCCGACUCUGACCGCAGCGCCUCCCCUCCACCGCGCAGAGAGAGCCCCCGCCUUGACAGAUACAAACCUCUUUCUGACCUGCCUCACGCAGGACUGAGAGACUCCCCCAUCAAUGUUCGCCAGGAGCCACCUAGGAGGGUUAACUCUCCUCUCAGAGUCCUGCCCCCAGACUCUGACUCGGAAUCAGAAGUCAGCCUGGCGCCUCCUCAGAGGCAGAGCACCACGUACAGUCAGGACUCCCUCAGCAGAUACAGAGUGCUGCCAGACGUUGCCCUGCACCCCCAGGUUGAUCCACCACGAUGGAGCCCCCCCAGCGUCACCGCCAGCAAUCCGCCACAGAAAGCUGCUUCAGAGACUGAAUCAGAGGCCAGUUAUGCAUCUGUCCCUCGCCGGGCGUCUACAGACAGCACCAACUCCAACCCUCCUAACAACCGCUACAGAGUCCUGCCUGAUCUGAAAGCCACCUCUGUGGCUGUGAAGCAGGAGCCUCCUCGUCGAAUCCCGUCACCCACCAGGCCUCCUCCUGACGAUUCCUCAGAGUCCGACCAGCUCUCACAUCUCAGAAGGUCUGGGAGCUCUGAGCGGGGUGAGAGCCACAGCAGAGCUCCGCGUCCUGCUAAUGGAACAGACACACUCAGGUCUGGGAUUUCUGUGAAGAGCAACCCACCAGCCUACACAAAACCUACAGAGGAGCCAAUCUACUCCCUACCUCCAGACUCCUAUCCAGCACCUAUUCCAGGGUACAGCUCAGACCUUCACACAGUGUUGUUUGUGAAGGAGGGCAGUGUGGGUCUGAGGCUCGUUGGGGGCAACGAUGUUGGCAUAUUUGUAGGUGGAGUUCAGCCAAAUAGCCCUGCAUACAUAGAGGGAAUGAAAGAGGGAGACCAGAUCAUGCAGGUCAAUAAAGUAGAUUUUGGUCAUUUCACACGAGAAGAGGCAGCCAACUUCCUCCUGAACAUCAAGAAAGGAGAGCGAGUUGAAAUCCGCACUCAGAACAAAAUGGACAUUUAUAAGAAGAUCAUCAAGUCAAACCUGGCAGACAACUUCUACAUUCGCACCCACUUUGACCACGAGGCAGACGGCCCCAUCGGGCUGAGCUUCACCAGAGGAGAGGUGUUCAGGGUGGUGGACACCAUGCACCGCGGGAAGCUGGGCAAAUGGCUCGCCAGCCGCAUGGGGAACGACCUGCACGAGAUGGAUAAAGGCACCAUCCCCAACCAGGCCAGGGCUGAGACAAUGGCCAGCAUCGAGCAGGCUCAGCGGCUGACUGGAGAGAGGCAGGUUUCGGGACCAAGAGCUGAGUUCUGGAAACUACGAGGCCUCAGAGGGAACAAAAAGAAUGAAAAGAACGUGCGGCGAUCUCGUGAUGACCUGCUGCAGCUCACCAUCCAGGGCAAAUUCCCAGCCUACGAGAGAGUCCUGCUUAGAGAAGCUAAUUUCAAGCGACCCAUUGUCAUUCUGGGUCCUCUGAAUGAUAUUGCCAUGGAGAAGCUGGCCAGAGAGAAGCCUGAUGAGUACGAAGUGGCAGACAUGGUUCCUCGCAGUGGAGGAGGAGACAGCGGUUCCACAGUUAUUAAACUGGACACUGUGAGGAGAAUAGCAGAGAAGGACAAGCACCCUCUCCUGGACAUCACUCCCACUGCAGUGGAAAGGCUGAACUACAUCCAGUACCACCCCAUGGUGCUGUUCCUGGACCCUCACAGCCGCAAGGACGUGAAGGCCAUGAGGCAGAGGUACAGCCCCAACUCCAACAAGAGCUCCAGACGCCUCUACACCCAGGCCCUGAAGCUGAGGAAACACUGCAGCCACCUUUUCUCAGCACGUAUUGACCUGCAGCCCAACUCCAAUGUUUGGUACGAGAGUCUAAAGGAUAAGAUCCGCCACCAGCAGUCAAAACCUGUCUGGGUGUCUGAAGUGACGUUGGAGAGUGGAGGAGAACAGGACUUGGAUGCUCUGGACCAAACCCAGUCAGACUACUUGAGUGCAGCCAGUGACCUGGAGGACACUGACGGAGAGGCCUUCACUGACGGAGAUGCCUACACCGACAACGAGGAUCUGGAGGAGGCGUACCCCGGUGAGAGCGCAGCCACGCUGCCCAGAGGCUCCAGGGUGGCUGGAGCUGCUUUAGCCCGAUCAUCUGAGCCCGCUUCUAUGCACCACGGCUCUGACGUGGACUCGGAGCCUCACGCCGACACGUACUCACUCAGAGAAAUCCCCCCGCUGCUGCACGUACCCGAGCCCAGGGCCACACGCCUGGAGAGUUACAGCCCGCCUCACAGCCCUGCUGAGGAGGAGGACCCCUCCCAUCGCAGCUUUACAGACUCAGAUUUCAGUGCACACGAUGUUGUUGCACCCACCACUCCGUCAGACGGACCCCCGGAUUUUAUAGCCCCCGACCCGACCAUACGGUAUUCUGUGAACCGGCCCUCCAACGCUGAGGCGGAGCCCGAGAGCCCACAGCCUGCCAGCCUGUCUACUAUCGAGGAGAAAUUACAGCAGGCCCGCUCUGCAGAGCCACAGGCACACCCUGAGGAGAAGAAGGGCCCUCAGUUCAUCGUGCUCGCACAUCAUCACCAAGCAGUCCAGUUCAGGCGCACACAGAUCAGAGGCAGCGACAGCUCUGAUGACGACGAGGAAGAGGUGGAUGACAUCGAAUGGGGUCCUGCAACAGAACUCUAGAGUCUGCAUUGAGGAUGAAAGCUGGACUCUAACGAGGACAUGGGAACUAUUUCACACCCUAAAGAAACUCUCUGUUGCACAACAAACGUUUUGUCUGAAGAUGGUGGUCGGCCUACAUUACACACCUGAAAAGAUGACUAAAAGUUUUCCACAAGAAUGUUAAGAUCAAAGCCUGAUGUCUUUUCAUAGUUUUUAUUUAAAUGUCAAACAAAUCAGUUGCUACUUGACACUGCUACUAUAUGUAACAAUUAAAAUAAACACUAGUUAUAUUAGAAUAUAGAUCAUACUAAAUGAGUCUUUUUAUAAAAUGAUGCAAGAACAUUUAUGAAAUGUUUGGAUGCCUCCUUAACUUUUUCUACAUUAAACUGUUUUCCUGAUUUCAAAAGUGGGUUUGUUCAAU